CUGUUAGAGGUGAUUCAUUUUCGUUUAGAAAAAGUGUUUUUGAAUUAGGUUAAAGGCAGUUUUAUGCAGAUAAUUUAAUGGUGAUGAAGCUUUCAUGUAUUGACUUAACUUUAAAUACAAUUUACGCCUGUUUUAAGUCGCGACCACCGGAGCUUGGAUAACUUUCUUUGUGUACGCUAAUCGGAUCACAAGGGUGAUCAGGGAGAGCGAAAUGUAGGUCAAUCAACAACAUUCCAGCGGCUAAAUUUAGAUCUACUGGAGUGAUCACGUGUUUAGUCAGAGGUGUCAAAAUGGCGGACCGGACAUUAAAAAUUCAAUUGUUUGGACAUUCUUUUGUGAAACGUUUAAAGGAUUUUGUUAUUAAUCAAGAAGAUUUUCCUUCAAAUUUGAAAUUACGUGCGAAUCCUUUAGUGCAGUAUUCUGGUUUCGGAGGGGGACACGUACAUACAUUGAAACAAAAUUUGGACGUGGUUCGAGAUUUCAAGCCAGAUUUGGCCAUUCUCAUCAUCGGCACAAAUGAUCUUUCAUCAAUAGACAAGUCCACAAAUUCGGUUAGUGCGGCAAUUAUGGAUUUAGUGGACACUCUGUUGUUUAUUGAGCAGGUACGGUCUGUCAUCGUUUUCCCCAUAUUAUUCAGAAAACUGAACAGUCAACGUAAUUGUCAUGCGGUGGACAUUCCUUGGUUCAGCGAUAGAGUUUACGAAACAAAUGUGCUUCUUGAAUCAAAGAUUAAGGAUUGUACCCACCAGCGAGUGCGUUACUGGGUACCCAAAGGUUUCUGGUCGGACGAGGCUUUAGCAGAGGUUCUAAGUAGCGACGGGGUCCAUCUUUCGUACAGAGGUCAACAAAAGCUAUACAACAACAUCCGAGCUGCGGUGGUUGCGGAGUUGAAGGCUAGCCAGCUAGGCUGUUAAGAUACGUAUAUUUUCAUCAUUCAUGGCACCUAUAUUUAUCCUUGUACAAUGUACAGUAGAGAUUACACAUUUAAUCGUACCUACACAUAGUGGCAUACAUACCAUGAAUUAUUAGUGUAACUUUCACAGGUUUAUGUCUGUUAGCUUUUCUCAUAGGGUUCUAGUGCAAUUGUUCGCACAAAUUUCAUGCUUGAGAGUGUUACCACACUAUUCGGCAUUGCCUGUUGGCUUUUCAUACUCGGUAGUGCAAUUGUUCACGUAAUUUCACAAUUUACUGUUUGAGAGUUUUGAAGUUUUCCAAAACUAUUCGACAGUAUUUCUGAUGGUGCUGCCUGUCCGGGUAUAUAGAUAUUAUGGUAGCAGUUGAGCUCAUACUGAAUAUGUCUGAGAGAAACGUUCCACUUUCGGCUGUCUGUGGGGACAGUUUCUAUUCGACAGAACAGAUCGAUAUUAUGUUACAUUUAAUGAGUUACCUUAAGAUAUAGCCUUAUGGCAACAUGCAGUUUACGAUACUUAUUACAGUCUUAUUACAUGAAUCCGCUGGUGUAAGUUUAUUGGUGAAGUACAUAUACUUUAAACCACAGGUGCUGAAUAUUUUAUAAUUGAUUCAAAUUUUCAUACAAUUAUAAAUAAGAAAAUUCAUUGUUUCAGAUGAGGGCUAAACGGAAAGCAGUAGCCACCACAUCAUCGUGUCCAUGCUGUCCACCAAAAGCCAAACAAUCUGGACAGCAAACAGGGUUUGAAACAAAAACCACUAACUCCAAUGUUACUAACGGUGUUACCACACAUACAGUUAACACGCGCAGUGGACACAAAAAUGCUCAAGCUAAAUAUAAUAGGCAUAAGGAAACGCAACAUGAUUCAAUUGUUCCUCAGGUUACAAUAGAUCAGUCAAGAAAAAACAAACGGAUCAAAAAGACUAAGAAAAACAGUGUUAGUACCACAAAUAAUCAGGAGACUCACAAGUCAAAUGACUCUGGUCCGAUACAUUUAGGUAUGCCAGAGCAUCAGAAUGUUCAGCAUCAACAGAUAAACAUAGUGGAGGCUCAACAAAAUGACUUUGAUCCAUAUGUACCUCCAUACAGUGAUGAGGGAACUGAGGAUUCAGAAUAAUCCGACGGGUCAGAGGAGGAAGUUGGGCAGUCUGUAGGGGAAGCCAUUAACCACCAUGUCAGGGACAUUGUUUCUGGAGGUAAUAGGCCUCUAUUGGUUGAACCGAUUUCAACAGCUAUUCAGUCUCAGAUUCCACGUAAAAUUCAGAAAAGUGUUUGGGCAAAUAAGUACAUAGAUCUGGCAGUCUUAUUACCAUUACAAGAUUCAUAUUUCAGUCAAAACAACAAAUUUACCCUUCAGGUUGAUCAUUUUAAUCAUUUUAGUUUUGUUCCACAGCAAAAAUCUAGAAAAAUCACUUCGAUCGAAAUGUGGACCACAGCCUUUUAUCGGUUUUGCGCAAUAUAUUCAGUUAGGUAUCCCGAGAAGACUCCUGCUUUGAUGAAAUAUGCAGAGAUUGUUAGGGAUCUCGCACGCAGGAUUCGGGCUUGGCAUGGCAGCAGUAUGACAUGCAGUUCCGAUUGUUGAGGGAACAGGAGGGGUUUCCUUGGGAUAGGUUACAUACAGAAUGGUCUCUUGCCAAGGUUCUCAGCCUUUUCGUUCCUUUCGGAAUUACCAACAGGGGGGACCACGCAACUCGCAACACAGAAAUAAAUUUAGGCAACGGGUUUUCCCCAACAAAUUUCUCGAAAAAAACAUGCUGGGUGUUCAAUAGUAGAGGGGGCAACUGCAAUUUCGCAGGAUGCCGGCAUCCUCACAUCUGUGGGUACUGCAGGGGUCAACACCAUGCCGGCGCAUGUUCUUUCAGUAGUAAAGAGCAGGCCGCAGCUGCAGGACCAACGGUCAAUUCAAAGUCAGCCCCUUCCCCUUUUAGGCCAAACAAAAAAUAAAGUGGUUACACCAGUUAAAAUCGAGAAAUUACAGUUUCACUUGCUUGGUCACCAGCACUAUGAGUAUUUGGUUAAAGGUUUUUUACAGAGAUUUGAUAUUGGUUACAUUGGUCCUAGACGUCCUGUAGAAUGCAGAAAUCUAAAAUCUUGCUACGAAUUCCCUUUAGUUAUACAACAACAUAUUGAAUCGGAGUUAGCAUUGUCGCGCAUCCAAGGUCAUUUCAAAGUAAAACUUUUUCCCAAUUUGCAGUUAAGUCCAAUAGGUUUGGUCAAAAAGAAAACUCCUGGUCAAUAUCGAUUUAUUCAAAACCUAAGUCACCCAAAAGGUAACUCCUUCAAUGACUUCAUUCGACCAGAAUUAGCUACGGUCAAGUACAUGUCAUUCGAUGAUGCAGCAUUACGGGUCCGUCAGCUGGGCCAAGGUUGUUAUAUGGCCAAAACCGGUAUUGCAAAUGCUUUCAGAAUCGUUCCUAUUCGUCCAGAGGACCAUGAAUUGUGAGGUUUCCAGUUCGGGGAUGCAUUUUAUUACAAUGUAUGCCUGGUUAUGGGUAGCUCAUCUUCAUGUGCCAUUUUUGAAACUUUUAGUUCAGCGAUUCAAUGGAUCGCACAGGUUAAACUGCAGAUUCCACACAUGGUUCAUAUCUUGGAUGAUUUUCUGCUCUUAGCUAAGUCAUAUGACGAUUGUCAAAAGGCUCUUUUAACUUUCUUACAAUUUUGCGAUGAGGUGGGUAUUCCAAUUAAAGCCGAGAAAACGGAGUAUCCUGCCCAGGUCAUGACUUUUAUGGGUUUAGAGCUAGAUUCGGUUGAGAUGGAAGCCAGAUUACCUAAUGAUAAAUUGUACAAACUACGCAGACUCCUGCAACAGUAUACAAAGCGUAGGAAGGUCAAACUAGUGGAACUGCAAUCCCUACUUGGUUUACUUAAUUUUUGUUGUAGUGUUGUCUUGCCAGGGCGGUCUUUUAUGCGCAGAUUGUCCGAUCUUACUAAAAAUGUUAAAAAACCUCAUCAUGGCAUCUCACUGACAGCAGAGAGCAGGCGGGACAUUCAGGCCUGGCUUCUCUUCAUUUCACAUUUCAAUGGUAAAAAGCUUUUGUUGGAUUUUAAGAGGGUGACAGAUAAAACGUUACACCUGUUUACAGAUGCAGCAGGGGCUUUAGGUUAUGGGGCUAUUUAUAGCUCACACUGGUUUUUUGGAAGCUGGCCUUCCCAUCUGGUACAUCACCAGAUCACAUUUAAGGAAUUGUUUCCAAUGGUUCUUUCCUUGGAAAUCUGGGGUCCGCAACUGAUGAAUAAAUGCAUUAUUCUUCAUUCAGACAAUGAAGCUGUGGUAUACAUAAUUAACAAGCAAUCUAGUAAGGAUAAAUACAUUAUGGUUCUAGUCAGACGCCUGGUUUUAGCAUGCAUGAAAAACAAUAUUCUUGUGAGAGCCGCUCACAUCCCGGGUAAGGCCAAUACUUUACCUGACUUACUUUCCCGUUUACAGAUAGACAAGAUCCGGGCUUUAUCCACAGCAAUGGACGACAUGCCAUCAGUAGUCCCGGAGCAUCUGUUAGAAAUUUGAACCGUUCUGUCCACAAGCUAUAACCGCUUUCACAACACAUAUUAUCCAACAGACAGGUUGUUGCCAAUAUCAACAACCCGAAUAUGUCAAUUUAUUGCAUAUUGUCAUGACAGGCAAUUCAAGUGUUCGUCUAUCACAUCCAUGGUCUCAGCAUUAGCCUAUAUUCACAAUAUUUGUGAUAGGAAAGAUCCUACAAAAGCAUUCGUGGUUAAAAAAAUCUUAUUUGGUUUGCGUAAAAUUCAAAAUACAGAUAAAAGGUUACCAAUUUCUUAUGACAUCUUACGGCAGAUGGUUCAAGUUUUGCCCCAGGUUAUGGUCAACCCCGAAUUACGUUUACUGUGCCAGACUAUGUUCGUAGCAGCUUUCUUUGCUUUGUUACGUAUAGGGGAAAUUACUGUCACACAAUCGGGGGACCGCAAUACAAUUUUGUUGAAGAAUGUCAGUUUCCAGUAUAUCAAUCACAAACCUAUGAAGGCGUCUUUAGUCUUGGGCAGCUUCAAACAUUCCCAAGGGGUGUCAGCUACAGUAUCGGUUAAACGUCACAAAAAUAAGAACACAUGUCCGGUGCGAUUAUUGCAUAAAUACAUCAACAGUUGCAAUCACACCACAGGAACGUUAUUUAAGUUUCCAUGUGGCCGUCCAGUCACUGACAUUUUUUUUAAAUCUGAUUUACGUGAAUGUAUUCAGAAAUGUAGGUUAGAUUCAGCAUUAUAUACACCUCAUUCAUUUCGUAUAGGGGGCGCAACUCAUGCGUAUGACUGUAAUCUGUCUGAUUCUAGGAUCAGGUUUUUAGGCAAAUGGAAAUCAAAUGCUUAUCAGAAAUAUAUUCGGCCUUCAAAUUCAUUAACAUAGAAGUAUGGGGGUUUGGUAGAGGGAUAUAUCUCCCCUCUUUGGUUUACCAAAUUCAUGGUACUAGUUAAAAAUAGAAAUAGCUUUAUUUAAAAUAAAUACCUCGGACACAUUUUGCCAGUUUAAGAGGUACCGAUUGUCAUGUCUGGUGGAGCCAGCAUGGCCUGUGACAGUAUUCUUGUCUGGUGGAGCCAGCAAGUUUUGUUAUAUUUGCGGACUUGGACAGAUAUAUAACUUUGAUCUCGUGAAUCAUUUAUUUUACAUUCUUGUGUUAGUUUGU